GUUUGGUACGAGGAAGAGGAGGAAGGUGAGAUUAAGGGCCCAAUUGUGUUCUGUAUGCAGGCUGAACACGCAGGAACACGCACGUACUACUUCAGCGCUGAGACUGCUGAGGAACAGGAGGAGUGGGUCGAUGCUAUGAACGAGGCUGCACACGUCCAGAUACAGCCUACACAGAGGUAAGCACACACACACGCACUCACGCACGCAUGCAUGUACGCACACACACACACUUUCUAACUCUGUCCCUUCCCCACAGGACCACCAACUCCGAGGCCACCACGCCCACAGCAGAACUCCAUGGUAACACCUUGGUAACCAAAGGACCUGAACCACACACCCAGACACACACACACAUCGAGGACAACGGCCAGACGACUGACCUCCUAGACCCCGUGCGCGGACCACGAGAACCUGCACAUCACAAGGUCAACGGGGUCAAUGCCAUGGAAACUCCCCCUCCCUCCACCAGCCACUCAGAGAAGGAGGGGAGGAUGGGGGGAGAGAGAGGGGAGAGGGGGGAGAGAGGAGUACUUGGACCUGGGGGUGCACCCUAUCACCAGCCCAAUGGGUGGGGCCCCUACGGCCCCCCAAACGGGCCCCCACACCAUGGAAACAGACCACCCCAGGGUAAAGGGUGGCCGCCCCAGGGACCUCCAAAGGGAGGGACGCGAGAGGGGAGGGAGGUGAGGGAGCAGCCUGAGAACGUGGUGCUGAGACGGGGCUUUGUGCCACGGACGAACCCUGAGAGACAGGCCCAGAGGAAAAGCUCCAUGACCCAGCUACAGCAGUGGGUCAACCAGCGCAGAGUCAUGGCUGUACAGGAGGACUUGAUCAGGUGAGAGAGACAGAGGUAGAGAGAGAAAAAGAGAGGGGUAUGGGAGAGAGUGUGAGAGAGAGAGUGGGAUGGAGAGAGAGAGAGAGAGAGAGAGAGAGAGAGAGAGAGAGAGAGAGAGAGAGAGAGAGAGAGAGAGAGGGGAAAGGAUGGGAGAGAGGAUGAGUAAGAGAAGGUGAGAUUAAGGGAGUGGUAGAGCGAAGGUGAGAGGAGCAAAGACUUUUAUGUAUUUUUGUGUCUACAACUACAUGUUUUCCCUUCAACCAUCUCUCUCUCGCUCUCUUCCCCCAGUCCAUCUCAAUAUUAUACAGUGAACCGUGGCGUACCAGAUGACUACUACAGCGUCUACAGUAGCGUGGGGGGCGGUCCGGGCUAUGUGGAGGAGUACCCCCUCUACCCUCCGGGCGUACGCCCUGACAGCAUCUGCUCCGUGUCAGCCGUGGGCUACGACCGCCUGGGCCCCCCUCGCUGGACCAACGAGGAGAAGAGACGCUCACUGCUGGACGGACCCCCCUUCUACGGACCCCCGCCCCCCCGAGACCCAUACGGCCCCCCACCCGGCCCUGCCUAUUACGGCCAGAUGGAUGCAGCCCAGACCUCCAUGAGGCGUCUGUCCAUCCAGCCUAGGUCUAGGUCCGUUCCCAGGUCCCCUUCCUCGUCCACGGGUGGUCCCUACUCUCCCAGCCCCCAUAGCUUUGCCUCACCUGUCUGCUCGCCCUCAGCCCGGUUUGACAGAGGACCAGGCAGGCUACGGGAGGAUGUGAUCUACGCCGACCCCUCGGUGUAUGGACUGAGGAGAUCACUGAGUUCUCCCAAGGUGAGAGAGGGGAGAGGGUGUGUGGGUAUUUGUGUGUGUGUUUCAGUCAGGAGUCAGCCGUUAAGAUUGAAGAUUUUUGUUUGUGUUGCUAGGCCAAAAUCACAGUGAUCCAAGAACAUCCUGGUUAUUUAUCUUAUUUCAGUAUGAUUACUCUGGAGACAGGAGGUCGCUAAGCCAAGGAAUGUACCACUACAACUACCCUGCCUCCCCCUCUCUACACAGCAAAAUGGUACGUCUUCCCACAUCAUGUUACACUGUCAAGAGAUACAGACCAACGAGUCCAAUGUCAAGUUUGGGAGACACUUGACUAUAGCACUCACACACACUUUCACACACCUACACUCGCUUAGCGGGGGUAAGGUCCUCGACAGCUACCUCUGCUUAAAGUUUAACCAGCAUCUAAAGGUAUGCUAUAGCUGUGCUUUCCUGUUGUAUCUGGUUUGAGUUCUUAUGUCUGUCCUCCCUGUCUCCACUAUCUCACUGUCUCUUUUUCUUUCUUUCUCUGUCACUCUCUCUCUCCCUCUUUUUGUCUCUCUCUUUAUUUCUGGCUCUUUAACUCUCUCUUUCUUUCUACACACACACUCUCUCUCUCUCCUUACACUCUCUCUGUCUGUCACUGCGUCUGCUGGUGCCACUGAUGCUGCUGCUACUGGUUUCACUGGUGUCUCUGGUACUGGGUCUUGCACUGUCCUUGUCCUUGUCACUGUUGCUGCUUAUGCUGCUCUAUUAGGAGGACAUUUUAGACCUGCAGCUCCAGAGAAAUCUGGAGUACCUCGAUCAACAGGUACGUACCGUAGGCAUCUCUGGACACACCUCUACCCCUGCACAGGAACACUCACACACCAAUCGUUUUAUACAUUCUACGUCACACAUUUCGUUGAUUCAACCAGUUUGUGCCCAGUGGGGAAGCUUAGGAACUACUGACGACAGAGAAGAAGUCGUGAGAAAAUGAGAAGAGUGACAUUCGGAUCAUCCAUAAACUGUUGGUUAUGUUAAACCCCAUCCCAUAGUGUUGGUGACAGAAUUUGUGUGAGGUUUACCACAUUGUCAUGUGGAAGAUUGUCCAUGUUGUCAACUCUACCACCUGCUAAACACCUGUUUCUCACAAACACAGUCCACAUUCACUCCCACUGUCUUACCUUCUCUCCCCUGUCUCACUGUCACUGACUGCUUACACCUUAUGAUAAUGACCAGUCCAUAGUGAUCCAGUAUACACACUACUUCAGAUCACUCUACCACAGUACUGGAACUCUUUGUUGAACAUUUUACACAAACAGAAAUGUGCCUCUUUGAUGUAUCCGAUUUCAUUCUCAAAUGUAAGUAAGAUUUUUUUUUCAAAUACUAGUCAGGGAUUGUUACUGCUAGACGUCAGGCUCCUGUCAUUACUGUGGCAACCAGAAGAAUGAUGGGCAGUGUGUUUCGCCCCAGGUGACCGGCAGAGAUCACCUUAUCGGCACGGUAACCAGAAUGGUGGAGCGAUCCUCCCCUAGAGCAAAGCUCUUCGCACAAGUAAGAGAGGAGAGAGUGUCCCAGAGAGACAGGCUUCAGCUAGACCCACAGCCCCCCACAAACAAUGGUUUUCCAAAUGAUUUUCCACCUAAAGCCUUUGAACUUUUCAUAUAAGUAACCAAGUAAAAAUUAUGUUUCUAACCAUGACCCAGUCAUACACCAUACCCAAAGGAAGGCAGUUCCAACCCAGUAUUUGUAAAACACUGCUCCACAAAGACUCCAAUACCCUCACACUAUCCCCCUCCUCUAAUACUAAUAAUAAGACACAUGUAUCUAUGUAAUAAGACCAGUAAAUGUCUACUAAUGCUUUUCCAAGAUGCCUGGACCAUUAUAGCACAGAUUGUAGCCACAGGGUUUCUGCUUUCAGAGUGUAACUAAGCUUGUGCAAGGUCUCUCUUUCCACAGAGGUCAACUACUGCCCUCUUCAGGGCUUUUCUAGUCACUAGUGAUUUAGGCUAGGAGGUUCAGCUGUUGUCUAGACAGAAUCAAGGUGAAGGAUUCCCCCCCCACUCCACAGUCUCCCCAAAGAUCUACACGGCCCAGCCCAGCCCAAGCCUGCCUCUCUCUCCUCUCUCCAGUACCCUACUCUAGCAUGUGGAUGUUAGAAGCUAGGCUCUCUUCUAGCUUUCGGUUUCUUUGUCCAACCAAUUCGAUGGCGAUUUUAGUUCUCCAUUUUGCUUCACCAUGCAGUGUUUUAUGUGUCUUUGUUAUGUUCCUUUGUCAUCCCAUCUGUGUUCUGUAUCAUAUCCUGUCUUGUGCUGUAGUCUUAUUGUGUCUUGUUACUUCACAACAACCGCCCCUCUUCGGCGUACCCAUCUCUCUUCACUGUGAUGUCAUAUCCUCCUUCACAUACUAUCCAAUCACAGUGCUCCAUAAGGACAUGGACAACCUGGAUAUGACCUUUGACCUUUUGACAGAGGGGUUUGGCAUUCCAGCUCAUCCUGUUGGCUCUUACUGCUCGAUACUGUAAACAACACAGAUUUAUAUAUGCUUUUUUAAAGUUAUUGUUUUGUUAUUAUUAUGAUCUUAUUUGUCCAGUAUAUCAGUAUUAAUAUUGAUGCAAUAUGUAUUGUCCUGUGUAGUAGUGAUGUUCUAUGUACAGUAUGUACUAUGCACAUGGUAUGAUGUUUUUACACUUAUUCUGUUUGGUUCUACGCUAUUGAUAAAGUGUUGUUUACAGCCGCAUGGAUCUGGGCCAUUCCAAUGGCUCACUCUGGCUGUGAGUUGUUCUACAAACCCUUGGUCUAUGAAGGAUUUGUUUGAAUAGGGUUCUGGUUGAUAUAAUGUUAGUAUUAAGAAUGAGUCCUGCCUCUGUUUUUCCAGGUGCCUCCGUUCCAUGACCCAUACAGGGAUCUUCACCCCACACUGAAACUCAAUGAGAUUGAGACCAGCGUAAGGCCACAUCCCUCCAUCUAACCAUCCCAUAAACAACCUCACUCCUCCCCUCCUAAACAAUCAACCUUCAGUCACCAUCCUCUCCCCUGCAAACACACUCUCUCUCUCUCUCUCUCUCUCUCUCUCUCGCUCGCUUUCUCCUCUGUUAGAAACUCUUGGGUCGUCUGUGUGAGCAAAACAGGAUUCUAAAGGACCAGGAGGCAGUGGUUCACAGGCUGAGAAUGGACAAGGUACUGUACGAAAUACAAAGCUGCUAAAGAAAGUAAACAUAAAAGUACGCGCCGGGGUGAAGUUUCCCCUAGGUAAAGACUUAGGAUCAGCUUCCCCUCCCCCUAUCCUAACCUUAACCAUUAUCAAGUGAGAAUGCAAAACUGACCCAAGGUCAGCGUCUAAGGGCAACUUCACCCUACUCCCCAACCAUUGCCUGACAUGUCCCCUGUUACCUGCUGUUCCCAGGACAGCCUAGAGGGAGCGCUGGUGGCCACACAUCAGGAGAUGGAGCUGUACCGGGAUCAGCCGCUGGCUGCAGACAAACUACAGCUGAAGAAGGAGACACUGCAGAACCAGCUCAUCAAUAUCAGAGGAGAACUCUCCCAGGCAUCCAGCGUAAGACACAUACAGGAGAUUAUAACAAUCCAUGAUAAUCCACAGUGAUCCCAUUAUAUAUAAUCUCAAUUAUAUAAGUAAAUCAAGGAGAUCCCUUCAACGUAUCCUGUGUAAGAGAUAUGGAGGAUAACCAAUAUCUCUAAAUCUAAAAUUUGAUCAUCUAUUUGUAAUCUAUAACAUCUGAUCACCAUCAGAUGACAACUCUCCUACUCCAGUGUGAUAGAUACUGUAUAGUCAAUGGAUUCAACAUACAGUCAGGGUUUUUCAUGCUUAGGAAAAAACGCUUGUGCCCACCAACUAAGCCCCUUUUUGAUCUAGGAAAAACCUUGAUAGUGUUCAUAGUUCCAGGUCCUGAGUGUGUGUUCUAUCCCCUGCUGUCCCCAGGCUCUGACCACCACUCGGAUGGAGUUUGAAGCUCUGGAGGACGAGGUCAACGCUAUCCAUGGGGACCUGUGGGAGCAGCUCAACGCAGGCGGGCAGGUACACGGACACCCUCUCUUCAUCAGGACCCUACACUGGCCAUCUUUUCUGUGACCCACCUAAAUCUUCUGAAGUUUUCUUGUGGCUUACAAAGAAGAAGAAAAAAGUGUUUUUAACCAGUCACCAAUUGAACACUGAAUUUGAAGCCUAGAAAUGAAACGACUAGAAUGCAUCUGAUCCUAUAAUCUCACCUGCUCAUAAACCCACCUGCAUGGUUCCAUUCUAGAGUUUCUAGGGCUUUUCUUUGGCUGUUUUCCAGUUACCAUAGUGUUAUCCUAGGUUGCUAAUAGCUGAGUGGAAACCUUCCUUCUAAUCAAUAAUUUAAACAGUAUAUGAAUCCCUCAUCUAUAAUAAAUUAAGACAAUUAUGAAUUUUCAUAAUGUCCUAUUUAUCAUCGUGUAGUCAACGUGCCCCAUUAAACACCUGAGUGUCCCUCCUUUCCAUGGAAUAUAACCUGGCUCAUGGUGGUGAACUGUGAAGAGACUGUCCAUAAGAGUGCAGUGUCUGUGACCCACUCACUAACACAGUCGUAUUCACUAGGAACGAAAUGGAAGCAAACGGGCCAAAACUGGGAGAGAGUACCUGAACUUGUCCAAUAAAAACGCAUGCUUUCAUUUUCUGUUGCGAAAUGUUUUUCUACGUUUUGCUACGGUGUGCACUGAUCAAUGCAACCCUGUUGUUUUCUAAGACAAUAAUGCUACCUGGUGUCACUCUCUCACACCACCUCUGGUCUUUUAACUGAGCCACCUACUGUAACUGCUCCUGCAUCACUCACUAACUUAUUUUCUAACAGAAGACUUGAUAAUAACAAAAACAAGUUAUUAACAAGUUAUUAUUCAGUAUUAUACUUAAAAUAUUAUUCUCUAACAUUUUUCUCUCCUCUAUCCUUCUCGUAUCACCUUUCCUUCCCUCGUCUUCUCUCCAUUCUCUCUUGUCCUCCACCCCUACUCUCCUCGGUCAGAGUGAGAUGGUCCAUAGACACAUUCAGAAGGAGUUCUGGAGAGUUCAGGAUGUGUGGGAGGGACUCCACAAGAGCAACCUUUCCAGAGGCACAGACACAGCCAAACACAGGGGUACGCCUGCACCUCACAACAACAUAACAUACAGUACAGUCUUACACACAUAUAGUCAUUGCCACCCCAACACAACACCUCUGAUGUUUUUUUUUCAAUCUGUCUGAAAUGUACAUUAUUUUUUAAAAACCCCUUUUAGACACAGUAGAUGAUAUUCAAAAGAAGUAAUAAAUAUGAGUAUAUGGAUGAACAGUAUGCUGCAUGCAUAUUUCACUCCCUUCUCUCUCUUUUUUUUAUCAAUCUCUCCUCUCUUUUUUUGUUUAUGCAAUUCUCUUUCCUCUCCUCUUCUCUCAUGUCCCCCAUCUCCCUUUUCCCUCUCUCCCACAGUGGCCAGUGGGGCAUCAGGUUCCUUUAGCACCAAUAGUCCUGCCAGUCCCUUGAGUUCAGUAAGCCUCACCAGUCCACUCAGCCCCUUCUCCCCAGUGCCUGGCUCCCAGGCCUCCCCCACCAAACAGCUGGGUCCGGAGGUAAGCACUGGCCCUUCCUACCACCCACGCAACCACCCAAAUACCCACCUGGGUCUCCACCUGGGUCCUCAACCUAACACCCAACCAGAUCAAAUUUUCCAACUAGAUCCUGAAUCCAACACCCAACUAGGUGCUGAUCCAAAUAAACCAGUUUCUAAGCCAAUAACCCACCCGGGUCCUCAACCUAUCAUCCACCUUGGUCCUGAUCCAAACACCAAAGACACCCAUAUACACUCCUUACCUCACACCCAGUACAGGGCCCCCAGUCCUGAAACACAGUACCAAAUCCUGUACUUAGCCACCCAGUCUCUUCCUAAACUGAAAUCCCCUACCCCUACUGAAAUCCCCCUACUUAAAACCCAACUAAGUCCUGAGCCAAGUAGGCACCCUGGUCUUGAACCAAAUGUCCACCCUGGUCCAGAGCCAAACUCCCACACUUGCACUAGCCAAGCCAACCAGCUUGCCCCUGUAGAGAGUACAGACACCCAGCAACAUGCACAACCGUACACCUCCCAAGCCAACCAGCAUGACCUUAGAGACACUGAAGACACCCAACCAAACACCAACCCCACCCCCAGCACCAGCCAAGUCAACCAGCCUGACAAUAUGGACAGUACACAUCCAGAGCCAUACAGCCACAGAGCCAGCGCUGGAUUUCCACUCCUCCGAGUAGACAGCCAUAGCUUUACCCACUCACCCACCCACCCUGCCAAACUGACCAAUCAGCAAGCACCUACAGGCAGUAACCCCAGCCACCAACACACCCAGCUAGCCAAUGAGCUUUCCCCUCAGCCAGAACAGCAAGCCAUUGGCUACAGGAAAGAUGUUAUCCCAGACCCACCUUCCUACCGAGCUAGCGACCCUGUCUUCCUCAGGUAUCCACCUCAGCGCACCCACCUGACUGUCCCUGAGACCCAGUACUCAUUGUCCCGCCAAAACUCCUGUCUGGUUAGCCAUCAAGCCUAUAGCCAUUGUCCAGAUCCACAUAAACACUCCCUAACACCUCGCCCCAGGUCCAGGGUUCUCAGUACUGAAACACAGUACCGGGUCCUCUACUUAGCCACUCAGUCCCAAGAACAAUCCCAAGAACGAUCCCGCUCACGUACCCGUACCCGCACUCGCCCACUCACCUUCCCCAACAACCAGCUAGAUGUUAGCGAUGGUAGUUACCCUACACCCCACACCCUGUUACCACCACACACCCAUCCAAACAACAGGCCUUAGGUCAAAGUGUACGGGAAGACCUGGUGGACUGUACUGUACCACAACUGCAGCAGUUGUAGCCCACACCAGACAGACUUGAUACAACAACAGUUAUAAUAUGAUGUUGCACUGUGUUAUGAUGAUGCAGCUUAUAUUACUGUGUAUUGCCAAUAGUAACAAGCAAAGCUAGAGGUUUGAAACAGAAUGUGUUAUGCUUUCUGAGGUAAAGUAUAAGGCUGAAGGUGACUAAUGGUCCUAGUCAGUGGUUAAUAAAGUUAAAGGUCCGUGUCCAGCAGGCUCAGGGAAUCCUCACUGAAGGACAUUCCCAGGAGUUCUCAACCUGCAUAACAUGUCGUUAAAUAAUUAUAUAUAGUGCCAUUUCAACAUCAAUGACCUCUUCCACUGCCAGAAAAUGUGAGAUAAAAGUGAUGUAAAAAAUAAAUAGCUCUGAAGUUUGUGUAGCGCUGUUAUUGAUCAGGGUGCACGCACACAUUUUCCUUUGAUCUCUAAUCUAAAAAGCAUGACCUGGUUAGGACAUCCAGACUAGCGGUAUGUGUGUCCACCGGCCAACAGACAGCCUUCACAUAUCUCCUGAUCCACUUUGCUAAGAUUCAGUUAGAGGCAGUUAGGAUGACAGGUUAUUUAAAGUGUGCUGCGUAAUCCCCGGCCAACUACACAGACACACAUUCUACGGCAAACCAGCUAGCACUGUCAGAAGCCAUUAUGGAGAUGACUUUAACGAAUAUUGGAAAGCAGACACGCCUGUAAAUUAUUUAUAGAAACAUAAUUGGGAGGUGGAUUAGAAAUGUGGCUAAUAUUCACCUGUUUCUUCAUGGCGUCACUCACUAUGUGGAACAUGGCACUGAGUGGUGUAGGUCUGUAGGAUACAGGCAGACGGUCCGUUCAGUUCCGCACCACUGACCAAUCAGGAAGUUGUGUUUUCAUCCAUCAUAUCUGUGGUUGGAUGGCCAUGUGAUGUAGUCCUUCUGACCUAUACUGUAGUAACAGCUUACAAAAGUUUAGCUCCGUAUAGCUUCUCUGGUGCUCCUCCUCCCAACUCCAGUCCUUCAGUGUCUGCUGUUCUUCUUUCCUCUAUGGUGCUUAAUCAAUCAAUAGAUCCAUUAUUUGAUAUCAAGGAAUAUGACAGGCCAAGAUAUCACCUCAGCGGGUUUCCCAGGUCCUUAUCAGCUGAUUGAUUAAAAGAGAGGGAUGUAGUUCAGAAGAUACUGAGGCGCUCUGGCACUGGGGUUGGAUACUCCUGUUUUAGUAUAAAACCCUGACUCUCAGCCAACUCUCUCUCUCUCUCUCUCUCUGUUGGGAAUGGAGUUCAUAAUGACGCUAUGCUGAAAUUUGAAUUAUAGUGCAGAAAGAGCAGAAAAUAACAGUUGAUUUUGUGAAUCAUAUAAUCCUACGUAUCAUUUGUGUUGCGUAAUGACUGUAACUGAUUACAGUGUCUGUACUCAUUCAAAAUGGUGGUGCUACUUUCUAUCUUGUUUUUCCUAUUCAGCAGCAAUCAGUGGUCUGUAUCAGUACUACUAAUCUGAUUUAGAAUGCAUCAGUGUGUGCGUUCAUGCUAGCUCUCAGUCCAGGCAUCUCAUUGGACGCCUGUGACCCUUCACCCCUGAAGUUCUUGGGGUCAGGGCUCCAUUCCUCAAAUCGUCCCAUAAUCCUCUCUGCUCUGCACUCCGCCUGGCUUUUGUCACUCCUCCUGAUGCACAGCGCUCUCUCUUCCUCCUCCUCCCUUCCUCCUCCAUUCUUCCUUCCUUCCCUCUCUUCCUCUCCUCCUCCCUCCCUCCUUCUCGUGGCUGUAGGACAUUGGCCCGCCACGGCCACCACUUCCCAAAUCCUACUGCCCCCUGGAGUCACCCCCCUCCGUCCCCCCUCUGCCCUUCGACAGCUCCGCCUGGCUACGCAGCCUGGGCCUGGAUGACGGUUACCUUGACGACGAAGAGUCCCACGGCAGAAAGGUAUUUGGUGACGGUGGGAGGGAGGGAGUUACCGUCCCUGCCAUGUCCCCGGCCACGCCCCCUGGUCACGCCCCCAAGCAGGUAUAUGUCCAUAACCACUGAUUCAGGGACAGAUUUAUUUUCAUCCCCCUACUGGGUAAAGUAAGGAUAAGCGGUAGAAUAAACUGAUCCUAGAUCUGUGGUUAAAGGCAUCUUUUACCUCAAGCGCAGUUGUUACCUGUCAUAGAAGCCAUCGCUGUCCUCCCCAAAACACUCCCGGACCCCUAAACAACAGAGCUCCAAAGCUCUCUCAUUCCCCAUCACCCGCCUCACCAUCACCCCAUCCCUCCACCAUACACACUCUCACACCUCUCCAUCUGUUCUAGUGCUUCACUACUCAUGGCUCCUAUUCCAGCUUCUCGUCCUUCUUUCUCUCUCUCUCCAUCUCGGCCUGUAUCAGCUCUCCAAAAGCACCAGCACUAGAAGUGAUUAUUCUCCUCUGUGACUCUGGUCUCACCUUAGUCUGCUCUUACACAUUGGACAACAGCUGUCAAUCAAUCACUUUCUGUGGUUGAUACUGCAAACUCUUCAUGCAUUUAACAGCACAUGUGUGGCUAACAAUAUAUUCAUUAGUUGACCAGUAAUCAAUCAAACAAGUUCUAAAGCAACAAUAUCAAACAAAAAGUACAAACAAAAUGCAGUAUUUUAAAUAUAAUCUAACAAAUCAGUCUAGUGUACUGGGUGCUUUUGAAUGCUAAGGCUUAGCUAAGGGCGAGUUGCAGGUUCCCAUAGGAAUGCUAAGGUUGUGAGUGGAGGUCUGGAUCCAUCCACAGCUAGUGGUUCCUUUACCAUGUUGUCUGUGUGCCAGUUGGUGUAGUGAUGUGGUAGUGAUGUGAUUGUGCUAGUCCCUGUGCUAGUGCUCUGUCUGUGCUGUAGUGUGUAGACUGUACGCUUCCGCUUAUGCCAGAUCUACUUCCAACCAUUGAACCAUUUAAUGAAUCUGCCACUAUAUCUGGCAAUAACCCCAUCAUUGCUAUCCACACUAAUGCAUAUUAUCUAAUGCAUUCUGUGUUUGGGUAACCAUAUGGCUAAUAGCUACCUGCGUAGCUGGGUAUGAUGCUAUUGCCUGAAUAGUGCCAACACUCUCCUGGUGUGUAAAUCUCUUACUUUUGAUGAUUCAUUAGCUCCUCCUCGUGCUCUGUGUUGCAGCAAAAGUAUGGUUACCGACAGGACGUGUCGCUGGGAGAACGGACCAAUAGCAACGAAGCUCAGGAGCUGGAUCAGGAUCGGCAGGCUAACAUGAAUAAAGGUACAGGAAGCAAUGGAGCCUGGGUAAUGAAGUUCUGGUUUGUCAGUCUGCAUAGACAGCAAUGAUGAAUACAUUGUAGUCUACUGCUUGAGGCCUGUGUGGGUAAAAAUGUAACGCUACCUUGCAUGUAAAGUAGCAGAGUUAUACAAUCUCUAUGGCGCCGAAAAGGGGAGUUCUAUCUCAGUUCACUAAACCUGUACUGGAGCUACUGUGAGUUUUUUUUUAUUGCUAUUACUAUGACUUAUUUCCCAAAUAUAUUUCUGACCUAAUCCCAAACUGUUCGAUAACACUAAACCUAGUCUCCCCGUUGGAAUGAAAUCCUGUUCAAAUGUCAAGACAAAUCUAAUAACAGGUCAAAUUACAUCAUAAUCGAAAACAAUACAAUUAGAUUACUAAUAUGGUCCUCAUGACUAGCUGUAUCUUAUAAAAGUCAAUCGUUUACAGAAUAAUAGAUUGGAUUAUAGCCCCCAUGACUCAUCCUCUGUGUUUUGUGUCCCAAAUGUCACCCUAUUCCCUACGUAGUGCACUACUUUUGACCAGAGACUAUAUGGGGAAUAGGGUGCCAGUUGGGACGCAUCAUGUGUCAUCCUCUGAAGUGCUGUUUGUCUGUCCCCUGACCAGUGGGGAUUGUUCCUCCCAGAACUAAGUCUCCCAUGGAAGACCAGUGCCACUCCUACGACCAUGGAAUCACCCGACGCAACGGCAAGGUGCCCAAUGGAAUCUCCAGGGUAGGCAACAUGUCGGAGAGGGCAUUAUGGAACUCAGGAAGCUUACAUGCUAUGUGCAUGAUGUGAUAUGAUCCAUAGACAUUAUGUAUUGUAACUAUAUUAUGAUAGUGUUACUGAUUGAUGUUGCAUUUAUGUUGUGGGCCUACGUCUGGGAUAUUGAUGGGUGCAAUCAGAUUUAUCCUUUAAAGAUCAAGACAUUUGAUGGUUUAUCGUAUUCCCGUGUCAUUCCCAUGUCACAGGAGCGUCCGAAGAGUGCAGUGUUCCCUGCGGAGGUCAAGUCCAAGAUGAGCAUUGAGGAGCAGAACGAGCGUAUCCGUAGGAACCAGAGCAGCUCUGUCAGGGACAAGAGACGCAGCCUGAACCUGGGUAGCCAGGCAGGCACCAACUACAGAGUGGUAGGCUCUCAUAACUAUUUACAUGUACAUAUACAUUGAUAGCCAGCCACCAAGAAUAUGUACUGCACGUUGAAUUGUAACUUGAGGAGGAUCCAAUAUAUUGUUCUGGCUAGAGGUUUUCUCGGGUCCAGAAAAUUUGACCUGGACCCGAGGACAAUUCAGACCCGGACACGAUCAUUUAAAAAAAAAGGGGAAUCUGGACCCGAACAGACCCGAGAACAAUCAGACCCGAACCUGAAUGGACCCGACGACAACCAGACGUAGACCUGAGUGACAAGAAAAUAAUGUUUAUUAGCCAAUUUGCUCUUUUGAUUAAUGAAUAGGUCUUUAUAUGUUGGCUAGGCCUUCUAAAGGUCAAUCAAUUCACUUAAAUAUGCAAUAGGCUAUGCAGAGCUGUGGUCGGGUCCAUUCAGUUCCACUCGGGUCUAUCAGCUGUAGUUACAUAGACCCGAGACCCGAUGACAAUCAAACAGGAUCCGACCCAGACCUGAGGGAAAAGUUAGAAUUUUGGACCCCGACCUGCUCGGGUCCCGGGUCGGGUUUCGGGUAUUCGGGUUCGGGUGGACCCAUGAAGACCUCUACUUCUGUCUCCUUGGCUGUCUCUCCUGGCCUUGUUGAUUGGCUGAGCCUUUGGUCCGGCCUCCCAGUCUCUUUCCCGAUUAGUUAUCUCUGUGCGUGUCCAGGUGAAGCGGAGGCUAACGGCCCAUGAGGUGGACAUCAAGGACCUGGAGGCUGCAGUACGGGGCGAGGGGGUGCAGGAGUCACCCCGGGAGGAGAUUGCUCGCCUCAGACGGUUACAGAUGGUACCUGACCACUACGACCUGGACAUCGGCAAAGAGGUGAGACACACUCUGGAAAACCAAACGGUGUAAUAAAAUCCUUAUGUGACUAUGAUCCAGUCGUGAUAUCGUAUCCCAGUAAACAUGACCCCAUGUGGGUAUUUGGUGGGGAAGGUGGGCAAGGGUUAGCCCACAAAUGUACACACCAAGCCCACACCAGCCAAACUCGGGUUAGCCCAGCACAGGCUAGCCCAGAGCAAUCCCACAUUUACAUUUACAUUUUAGUCAUUUAGCAGACGCUCUUAUCCAGAGCGACUUACAGUUAGUGAGUGCAUACAUAUUUAUUUAUUUUUUUCAUACUGGCCCCCCGUGGGAAUCAAACCCACAACCCUGGCGUUGCAAACGCCAUGCUCUACCAACUGAGCUACAUCCCUGCCGGCCAUUCCCUCCCCUACCCUGGACGACGCUGGGCCAAUUGUGCGCCGCCCCAUGGGUCAGAUCAGCCCAACACCGUCUAACCCAGCAUGGGCUAGCCCGCACCAAGCCCAGCACAGGCUAGCCCGCACCAAGCCUAGCACAGGCUAGCCCACAACAAGCCCAGCUACUUCAUAAUGUAGAGGCGUGGGCUCAUUCAAAUAUUUGGGGACGUGGUUUGCAAAUACCCGAAUUCAUGUUGUUUAGUAACAAAAUUAUACAAUAUAAAAAUUGCUGACACCAUUCAAACCAAAGAGGGUUCAGAAUUUUUUCAGCUAGAACCUUGUAGUUCUAAGGUGACAAGUUAUUUUUGUGCAACCAUUACUGAGAAUGUAAUUCCAAUUGAAGUGUUCUGUUGUGUAAUGUAAUCUUUUUCAUCUUGUACAAUGCCAAUGAUGAAGUCUGUAAAAAUAUUUAAAUAAGUACAGUGAGGGAAAAAAGUAUUUGAUCCCUUGCUGAUUUUGUACGUUUGCCCACUGACAAAGUAAUGAUCAGUCUGUAAUUUUUAUGGUAGGUUUAUUUGAACAGUGAGAGACAGAAUAACGACAAACAAAUCCAGAAAAAAAUAAUGUUAUAAAUUGAUUUGCAUUGUAAUGAGGGAAAUAAGUAUUUGACCCCCUCUCAUUCAGAAAGAUUUCUGGCUCCCAGGUGUCUUUUAUACAGGUAACGAGCUGAGAUUAGGAGUACACUCUUAAAGGGAGUGCUCCUAAUUUCAGCUUGUUACCUGUAUAAAAGACACCUGUCCACAGAAGCAAUCAAUCAAUCAGAUUCCAAACUCUCCACCAUGGCUAAGACCAAAGAGCUCUCCAAGGUUGUCAGGGACAAGAUUGUAGACCUACACAAGGCUGGAAUGGGCUACAAGAUCAUCGCCAAGCAGCUUGGUGAGAAGGUGACAACAGUUGGUGCGAUUAUCCGCAAAUGGAAGAAACACAAAAGAACUGUCAAUCUCCCUCGGCCUGGAGCUCCAUGCAAGAUCUCACCUCGUGGAGUUGCAAUGAUCAUGAGAACGGUGAGGAAUCAGCCCAGAACUACACGGGAGUAUCUUGUCAAUGAUCUCAAGGCAGCUGGGACCAUAGUCACCAAGAAAACAAUUGAUAACACACUACGCCGUGAAGGACUGAAAUCCUGCAGCGCCCGCAAGGUCCCCCUGCUCAAGAAAGCACAUAUACAGGGCAGUCUGAAGUUUGCCAAUGAACAUCUGAAUGAUUCAGAGGAGAACUGGGUGAAAGUGUUGUGGUCAGAUGAGACCAAAAUUGAGCUCUUUGGCAUCAAUUCAACUCGCCGUGUUUGGAGGAGGAGGAACGCUGCCUAUGACCCCAAGAACACCAUCCCCACUGUCAAACAUGGAGGUGGAAACAUUAUGCUCCAAGUCCCUCUCAAACUGCCUCAAAUAGUUCCUUUGUUCCACCCCCCAUACACGCCGAGACCGUCUCAAUCGGUGCCUCCAGUGAUGCUAUCUCUUUCAUUGUUACCCAACGCUUAGGUUUACCUCAACUGUACUCAUAUCCUUCCAUAUCCUUUUCUGUACAUAAUGCCCUGAGUCUUUUCUACAACGCCCGGAAAUCUGCCCCCUUUAUUCUCUGUACCCAACGCACUAGAAGACCAGUUCUUAAAGCCUUUAGUCGUAUCCUUAUUCUACUCCUCCUCUGUUCCUCUGGUGAUGUAGAGGCUAACCCAGGCCCUGCAGCCCCCAGUAUCAAUCCUACUCCCCAGGAGCUAUCAUUUGUUGACUUCUGAACCGUAAAAGCCUUGGUUUUCUGCACGUAAAUAUCAGAAGCCUCCUUCCUAAGUUUGAGUUAUUCACUGCGUUAGCACACUCCGCCAACCCUGAUGUUCUAGCAGUGUCUGAAUCCUGGCUUAGGAAGGCCACCAAAAAUUCUGAAAUGUCCAUCCCCAACUAUAACAUUUUCCGUCUAGAUAGAACUGCCAAAGGGGGUGGAGUUGCAAUCUACUGUAGAGAUAGCCUGCAGAGCUCUAUCAUACUAUCCAGGUCUGUGCCCAAACAGUUUGAGCUUCUACUUCUAAAAAUCCACCUUUCCAGAAAUAAGUCUCUCACUGUUGCCACUUGCUACAUACCCCCCUCAUUCCCCAGCUGUGCCCUGGAUACCAUAUGUGAAUUGAUUGCCCCCCAUUUAUCCUCAGAGUUCGUACUGCUUGGUGACCUAAAUUGGGAUAUGCUUAACACCCCGGCCAUCCUACAAUCCAAACUAGAUGCCCUCAAUCUCACACAAAUGAUCAACGAACCUACCAGGUACAACCCUAAAUCCGUAAACAUGGGUACCCUCAUAGAUAUCAUCCUGACUAACUUACCCUCUAAAUACACCUCCGCUGUCUUCAACCAGGAUCUCAGCGAUCACUGCCUUAUUGCCUGCGUCCGUAACGGGUCCGCGGUCAAACGACCACCACUCAUCACUGUCAAACGCUCCCUAAAACACUUUAGCGAGCAGGCCUUCCUAAUUGACCUUGUCCAGGUAUCCUGGAUGGAUAUCGAUCUCAUUCCGUCAGUAGAGGAUGCCUGGUUGUUCUUUAAAAGUAAUUUCCUCUCAAUCCUAAAUAAACAUGCCCCAUUCAAAAAAUACAGAACUAAGAACAGAUAUAGCCCCUGGUUCUCCUCAGACUUGACUGCCCUUGACCAGCACAAAAACAUCCUGUGGCGUACUGCAUUAGCAUCAAAUAGCCCCUGCGAUAUGCAACUUUUCAGGGAAGUUAGGAACCAAUAUACACAAGCAGUUAGGAAAGCAAAGGCUAACUUUUUCAAACAGAAAUGUACAUCCUGUAGCACUAACUCCAAAAAGUUUUGGGACACUGUAAAGUCCAUGGAGAAUAAGAGCACUUCCUCCCAGCUUCCCACUGCACUGAGGCUAGGAAACACUAUCACCACCGAUAAAUCUACAAUAAUCGAGAAUUUCAACAAGCAUUUUGCUACGGCUGGACAUGCUUUCCACCCGGCUACCACUACCCCGGCCACCAGCUCUGCACCCUCCACUGCAACUUGCCCAUGCCACGCUCAAGGUCCUAAACAAUAUUAUAACCGCGAUCGAUAAUAGACAGUAUUGUGCAGCCGUCUUCAUCGACCUGGCCAAGGCUUUCGACUCUGUCAAUCACUGCAUUCUUAUUGGCAGACUAAAUAGCCUUGGUUUCUCAAAUGACUGCCUCGCCUGGUUCACCAACUACUUCUCAGAUAGAGUUCAAUGUGUCAAAUCGGCGGGCCUGUUGUCUGGACCUAUGGCAGUCUCUAUGGGGGUGCCACACGGUUCAAUUCUUGGGCCGACUCUUUUCUCCGUGUAUAUCAAUGAUGUCGCUCUUGCUGCUGGUGACUCUCAGAUCCACCUCUACGCAGACGACACCAUUUUGUAUACAUCUGGCCCUUCAUUGGACACUGUGUUAACAAGCCUCCAAAUGAUCUUCAAUGCCAUACAACACUCCUUCAGUAGCCUCCAACUGCUCUUAAACACUAGUAAAACUAAAUGCAUGCUCUUCAAUCGAACGCUGCUGGCACCCGCCCACCCGACUAGAAUCACUACUCUCGACGGGUCUGACCUAGAGUAUGUGGACAACUACAAAUACCUAGGUGUCUGGUUAGACUGUAAACUCUCCUUCCAGACUCACAUUAAGAAUCUCCAAUCCAAAGUUAAAUCUAGAAUCGGUUUCCUAUUUCGCAACAAAGCCUCCUUCACUCAUGCUGCCAAACAUGCCGUCGUAAAACUGACUAUCCUACCAAUCCUUGACUUCGGCGAUGUCAUUUACAAAAUAGCCUCCAACACUCUACUCAGCAAAUUGGAUGUAGUCUAUCACAGUGCCAUCCAUUUUGUCUCCAAAGCCCCAUAUACUACCCACCACUGUGACCUGUACGCUCUUGUUGGCUGGUCCUCACUACAUAUUCGUCGCCAAACCCACUGGCUCCAGGCCAUCUAUAAAUCACUGCUAGGAAAAUCCCCGCCUUAUCUUAGCUCAUUGGUCACCAUAGCAACACCCACCCGUAGUAUGCGCUCCAGCAGGUAUAUCUCACUGGUCAUCCCCAAAGCCAACACCUCCUUUGGCCACCAUUCCUUCCAGUUCUCUGCUGCCAAUGACUUGACAAAUUGCAAAAAUCUCUGAAGCUGGAGACUCUUAUCUCCCUCACUAACUUUAAGCAUCAGUUGUCAGAGCACCUUACCGAUCACUGCACCUGUACACAACCCAUCUGAAAUUAGCCCACUCAACUACCUCAUCCCUAUAUUGUUAUUUAUUUUGCUCAUUUGCACCCCAGUAUCUCUAUUUGCACAUCAUCUCUUGCACAUCUAUCAUUCCAGUGUUAAUACUAAUUGUAAUUAUUUUGCACUAUAGCCUAUAACUUGCUACAUUUGCACACACUGUAUAUAUAUUUUCUGUUGUAUUUUUUGACUUUAUGUUUUGUUUUACCCCAUAUGUAACUCUGUGUUGUUGUUUUUAUCGCACUGCUUUGCUUUAUCUUGGCCAGGUCGCAGUUGUAAAUGAGAACUUGUUCUCAACUGGCUUACCUGGUUAAAUAAAGGUGAAAUAAAAUAAAAAAACAAGCUCACAGAACGGGACCGCCGAGUGCUGAAGCUCGUAGCAUCUGUACUCGGUUGCAACACUUACUACCACUCACUCCCGAGUUCCAUGCUGCCUCUGGAAGCAACUGUUCAUCGGGAGCUUCAUGAAAUUGUUUUUCCAUGGCUGAGAAGCCGCACACAAGCCUAAGAUCACCAUGCGCAAUUCCAAGCAUCGGCUAGAGUGGUGUAAAGCUCGCCGCCAUUGGACUCUGGAGCAGUGGAAACGUGUUCUCUGGUGUGAUGAAUCACACUUCACCAUCUGGGAGUCCGACGGAUUAAUCUGGGUUUGGCGGAUGCCAGGAGAAUGCUACCUGCCCGAAUGCAUAGUGCCAACUGUAACGUUUGGUGGAGGAGGAAUAUAAUAAUAGGAAUAAUGGUCUGGGGCUGUUUUUCAUGGUUCGGGCUAACCCUCUUAGUUCCAGUGUAGGGACAUUUUAACCCUUCAGCAUACAAUGACAUUCUAGACGAUUCUGUGCUUCCAACUUUGUGGCAACAGUUCGUGAAGGCCCUUUCCUGUUUCAGCAUGACAAUGCCCCCGUACACAAAGCGAGGUCCAUACAGAAAAGGUUUGUCGAGAUCAGUGUGGAAGAACUUGAGUCCUGACCUCAACCCCAUCGAACACCUUUGGGAUGAAUUGGAAUGCAGACUGCGAGCCAGGCCUAAUCACCCAACAUUAGCGCCCGACCUCACUAAUGCUCUUGUGGUUGAAUGGAACCAUGAGAUGUUCGAUGAGCAGGUGUCCACAUACUUUUGGUCAUGUAGUGUAUAUAUACACUGAAUAAAAAUAUGAACGCAACAUGUAAAGUAUUGGUCCCAUUUUUCAUGAGCUGAAAUAAAACAUCCCAGAAAUUUUAGUGAGCAUUUCUCCUUUGCCAAGCUAAUCCAUCCACCUGACAGGUGUGGCAUAUCAAGAAGCUGAAUAAACAGCAGGAUCAUUACACAGGUGCACCUUGUGCUGGAGACAAUAAAAGGCCACUCUAAAAUGUGCUGUUUUUCACACAACACAAUGCCACAGAUGUCUCAAGUUUUGAGGGAGCUUGCAAUUGCAUGCUGAUUGCAGGAAUGUCCAACAGAGCUGUUGUUCAUUCCUCUACCAUAAGCCACCUCCAAUGUCGUUGGCAGUACAUCCAACCGGCAUCACAACUGCAGACCACGUGUAACCACGCCAGCCCAUGACCUGCACAUCCUGCUUCUUAAGGGUGGGCUUAUGUCAGGCAAAGUGAGGGCUGCCCUUGAAGCCACCUAUCUUGGUGCCAAUGUGGAGCCGAUAAGCAAAGGUGCAUCGGCCGAAUGCAUGUGUCCAAUGUUUUAACCCUCAUCUACAUGGUUCCAAUGUUUUUAACCCUCAUUGGGCCCACAUUGUGCUAAUGUGGGCAUUGUUUGCUGGGAAAAGAUGGGCUUAUUUCAAGCAAAGUGAGGGCUGCCCUCACAAGACAUGGGCUGCCCACACUGGGACACACUGGGGCAAUGCCUUGCGGGCCAAUGUGGAGUCGAUGAGGAAAGGCACAUUGGCCCAAUGUGGGCAGCCUACUUGAGGCCAAUGUUUUAGCCCGCAUUGUGUCAAUAUGGACAUGUUUGCUGGGUUAGUGCUUAAUGCAAAGUUAAUGAAACACUUUGAAAACAGCCUGAAGCGAUUUCAGUAACACUUAAUUCUGUGGUGCUGUCUCAGAUGGUAUUUCAAAAUGACGUGGUAAUUGAUACAUUUUGUACUGGCUUCAAAGAAUUCCCCAUAAUUGGCAUUUAAUUGUAUUCGUAAUUUUGGUUGUUUAUGUAAUGAAUCAUUUUACAAGGUAAUUUCUAUCAUUGCAUACCAAGUAUAAUGAACAAGAAUAUAAACGCAACAUGCAACAAUUUUAAAAAUGUUACUGAAUUACAGGUCAUAUAAGGAAAUCAGUGAAUUGAAAUAACUUAAUUAGGCCCUAAUCUAUGGAUUUCACAUGACUGGGAAUACAGAUAUGCAUCUGUUAGUGACAUACAGUAUACCUUAUGUCAGAAAACCAGUCAGUAUCUGGUGUGACCACCAUUUUCCUCAUGCAGCACGACACAUCUCCUUCACAUAGAGUUGAUCAGGCUGUUGAUUGUGGCCUGUGGAAUGUUGUCCCACUCUUCUUCAAUGGUUGCUGGAUAUAGGCGAACUGGAACACGCUGUCGUACACUUCGAUCCAGAGCAUCCCUAACAAGCUCAAUGGGUGACACGUCUGGUGAGUAUGCAGGUAAUGGAAGAACUGGGACAUUUUCAGCUUCAAGGAAUUGUGUACAGAUCCUUGCGACAUGGGGCCAUGCAUUCUCAUGCUGAAACAUGAGGUGAUGGCGGCAGAUGAAUGGCACAAACAAUGGGCCUCAGGAUUUUGUCACGGUAUCUCUGUGCUUUCAAAUUGCCAUUGAUAACAUACAAUUGUGUUUGUUGUCCAUAUUUUAUGCCUGCCAAUACCAUAACCCCACCGCCACCAUGGGGCACUCUGUUCACAAUGUUGACAUCAGCAAACCGCUCGCCCACACAACGCCAUACACGUGGUCUGUGGUUGUGAGGCCGGUUGGACGUACUGCCAAAUUCUCUAAAACAAUGUUCGAGGUGGCUUAUGGAAGAGAAAUUAACAUUAAAUUCUCUGGAAAUAGCUCUGGUGAACAUUCCUGCAGUCAGCAUGCCAAUUGCACGCUCCCUAAAAACUUGAGACAUUUGUGGCAUUGUGUUGUGUGACAAAACUGCACAUUUUAUAGUGGCCUUUUAUUGUCCCCAGCACAAGAUGCACCUGUGUAAUGAUCAUGCUGUUUAAUGAGUGGCGCAGUGGUCUAAGGCACUGCAUCGCAGUGCUAGCUGUGCCCCUAGAGAUCCUGGUUCGAAUCCAGGCUCUGUCGUAGCCGGCCGCGAUCGGGAGACCAAUGGGGCGGCGCACAAUUGGCCCAGCGUCGUCCAGGGUAGGGGAGGGAAUGGCCGGCAGGGGAUGUAGCUCAGUUGGUAGAGCAUGGCGUUUGCAACGCCAGGGUUGUGGGUUCGAUAAAAUAAUGUAUGCGCUAACUGUAAGUCGCUCUGGAUAAGAGCGUCUGCUAAAUGACUAAAAUGUAAAUGUAAAUGUAAAUAAUCAGCUUCUUGAUAUGCCACACUUGUCAGGUGGAUGGAUUAUCUUGGCAAAGGAGAAAUGCUCACUAACAGGGAUGUAAACACAUUUGUGCUGAACAUUUUGGAGAAAUAAGCUUUUUGUGCGUAUGGAACAUUUCUUGGAUCUGUUAUUUCAGCUCAUGAAACAUGGGACCAACACUUUACAUGUUGCGUUUAUAUUUUUGUUCAGUAUAAAGGACCCAUAAAAUAAAUGGUUACCAAACCUCCUCUGAUGUGUGUUGUGUCCUCAGCUUUGUGCUCCAGACAAGGUUCUGAUUCCGGAGCGCUACCUGGAUAUGGAGCCCACCACUCCUCUCAGCCCAGAGGAGCAGAAGGAGAAACAGAAGAAAGUAGAGAGGAUCAAGACUCUCAUUGCCAAAUCAAAGUAAGUACAAACACUACCAACUACUGUCCAAUACACCUCUCACACACACAUACGUACAGUAGUGUAUUUACUCAAACUUUGGCAAAACUUUCUCUCCUCUCCAUCCUCUGUUUCACAUCAGUUUUAUGGAAUGCCACAUGUUCUGUAUUAAACGUUCUCAUUUAAUCUCUUUUCUCUUGCUCUCUUUGUCACACUCUCGCCCUCCCCUCUGCCUCUCUCCCCUGCCACCUCUCCCUCUCCCUCCAGUCUCCAGAAUGUGGUUCCCCUAUUGGACGGUCCUACUGAGGGGGGCGGUCCUCAUCACCAGGGCAACCCAGAGCAGAAGAUUCAGGAGCAGGAGAAGAGGAUCGAGAUCUCCUGUGCUCUGGCUGCCGAGGCCUCGCGACGCUCCCGCCUGCUCUCCGGUGAGGACGCCUCCGCCGCCUACCGCUCCACUGUCACCACCCCGACCACUCUGUCACCACGGUUAACGCCCUCAAGGUUACCGUUACCAACCUCGACCGCGGCCCUGUCGCCCCCCUGCCACUGAGGGGACCCCCAGCGACGAGAGGCGAUGUGUUGCUGCAACACCUCCUCCUUCCUCCAAAACCCCUUCCCUCCUCCCCUCUAUGAUACACAUUUCCUUUAUCAAUCACUGAAAUGUUCAAUCCCUCUCCAACUGUUUGCAACACACUCAACACCCAACAUCAAUGACAACUUUGUAGGGGUUCAAUUGGAGGUGAACAUAGUGGAACUGCCUUGUUCGAAAGAAAAACAUUUUGAUAAAAUAUAUACAGUGAAUUUUUGAAAAAGUUCUAAGGGCCAGUUUCAUCAACUAUAAAAUCCCAAUGUAACCCCUAACUCACUGUAAAAUGUCUGCAAUAUAUUCCACUAUCCGCUGCUUAAACCCAGCCAACCACACUCCUUCACUCCCUCACUGUCUGCUGUACUGCAAUAUAAUCCACUAUCCAGUGUCCACUACCCAACCACUACCUAACCCCAGCCAACCACACCCUCACUUCCUCACCGUGUGCAGUAGUUUCCACCUGGGGUGUUUUCACUAGAAACCAAAAGAAGCAAAUGGGACAAAACGGGGAGGGACCUACCAGAAUUUGUCCAAUAAGAAACUCUCGUUUUCGUUGCGAAACAUUUUCCAUUACAAAACAUGUUGCUACAGUUUGCAACAGUGUGCAUUAAUGAAGAAAAAAAACUGGUGACAGAUACACACAUUGCUAUUCAAGGAUCUGUAUUUGCUCCUACAAAAAACGGUUCAUAAACCUUGUCCAUUCACAGGGCAUCCCAAGACAGUCCCACAUGUUACUACCUUUCCCUGUCCCCAGAGCAAUAGAUUAACAGAGAUAUGAUCAACUCAGAUGAACCGAGAUUUAGAAUAUGUAAUGUCGCCAUGUUACCACCAGGCGUUCUAAAAUGAUCAUCUUCUAUUGAGAAAUUCAAAUUAGAAUGGCAUUGUUGUGGAAAGUCUGGUGCCAGCAGGGAAGAUAUUUUACCAAACUGUUUUCUCGAACUCUGGCUGUCUCGCUGUCUGUUUCACUAGUCCACUCCUAUCCAUGGGUUGCACGUUUGGCCACAAUAUUGUUUUGGACAUUCGUUUUAGGACUCAUGCCCAACUGAGCAUUCUACUCAAUGCAUUCUCAAUGGACGCUGAUGAAGAUUCUGUCUAAAGUGCAUUACAGGGGCUUGGAAACACGAUGACGUAUCAGAAGUUGGCAAAUAAUGAGUAGGCAAAACCUUUGUCAUCAUUGUGAUGUCGCCAGAUUGCCUUUAGAGGCAGUAUCACUUUAGCUAGCUAGCUAGCUAAGACAGGGGACAGCAUCGAAUUUUAGCUAGCUAACGUUAGCAUUGCUGCAUUUGAUGAACUUUGCUAGCUAAUGGCAACGUUUCCAUCCCUCUAAAGUACAUUUGACGAAAUCAUAACGAUGGUAAAGUUGUUUCCUACUAAUUAUUUGCCUACUUUAGCAAUGUAAUCGUAUUUCCAGGCCACUAUAGUGUAAUUUAGAUGAAACAGUCGUUAGCCCCUGUUCAGAGUGACUGGACACCAGGAGCCGUUUGCACCAGUUAGGCAUAAAAAAGUUGGUCUUAAAUGCUAGGUCGGGCGUAGAUAUGUCCGACUUUGGGAUCAGAAUUUACACUUGUUGUACCAACCAAAAAUAUGACUAGUCGUAGCUAAGUCCGGCAUAAGCAAUGCGCGUUCAUGACAUUUUAUUCUUCAUAAUGAUGGUUGCUAGGCAGCACCUGUUACUAGGCUGUUACCAUCCUUGUGGCAGUUCUAAACUAUGCGAGGCAUGUCCCAUCACUAUGCAUGCACAUUUCUUAACCACAACUGGCUGGAUCAAUCAAUAAUUGCUGUGGGAAUGAAUAUCACUGAAUGAUGAAAAUAUUGGAAUAAAGUACGCUAAUGCCAUUGAAGGCAUUUAUCAUAUUAUUGCUUAAGACAUCCAAAUUAAGACAUCCAACCGUUUUAAAUACUUUAAAGCAAUAGCCGUGUGUGGUCAACUAUAAUUUCAGCAACGUUAUGUUUGGGACAACGUUAUUGCGCUGCAUCGAGACAAGCAUGGGGACUCGUAUUGAUAAAUCAAUCAAUGUCAUAUUUUUGUUUUCACGGAAUCUCCAUUUGGAUAUGUGUUUACAAUUAAGCUGGGAAAAUGUUUGCGAAAUUGUGGUGUGUUCAUGAUGACAAUCUUUAGUCUAGUUUACUCGUCAAAUAGUGUUAUCAGAACAUUUUCCUAGCGUGUUGCUAACGUUAGCCUAGUAUAACAGGUGGAUUAAUUUGCUCGUCACUCACGUAGUAGCCUAGGCUAUAUCCCGACUAAAAGCCUUUGACUUGUCUGAUAAUCAAUCAAUGUGAUUUUGUUUCACUCAAUCUCUGUCUGUAUAUUUGGUUAUUUGAUCUCUGGCUUGGCAAAUUAGUGGAGGUGGCAGCUGUUAUAUUAUACUGAACAAAAAUAUAAACACAACAUGCAACAAUUUCAAAGAUUCUACUGAGUUGCAGUUCAUAUAAAUACAUCAGUCAAUUGAAAUAAAUUCAUUAGGCCCUAAUGUAUGGAUUUCACAUGACCUGGCAGGGGCGCAGCCAUGGGUGGGCCUGGGAGGGCAUAGGCCCACCCACUUGGGAGCCAGGUCAACCCACUGGGGAGACAGGCCCAUCCAAUCAGAAUUUGUCCCCCCCCCCCCCCCCCCCCCACCGACGAUCCCGCAGGUGAAGAAGCCAGAUGUGGAGGUCCUGGGCUGGCGUGGUUACACGUGGUCUGCGGUUGUGAGGCCGGUUGGACAUACUGCCAAAUUCUCUAAAACGACAUUGGUAGAGAAAUGAACAUUAUAUUCUCUGGCAACAGCUCUGGUGGACAUUCCUGCAGUCAGCAUGCCAAUUGCAUGCUCCCUCAAAACUUGAGACAUCUGUGGGAUCUGUGACAAAACUGCACAUUUUAGAGUGGCCUUUUAUUGUCCCCAACACAACGUGCACCUUUGUAAUGAUCAUGCUAUUUCAUCAGCUUCUUGAUAUGCCACACCUGUCAGGUGGAUGGAUUAUCUUGACAAAGGAUCAAAUGCUCACAAACAGGGAUGUAAACAAAGUUGUGCAUAUGGAACAUUUCUGGGAUCUUUUAUUUCUGCUCAUGAAACAUGGGACCAGCACUUUAGAUGUUGCAUUUAUAUUUUUGUUCAGUGUAGAUUGAUAAUAUCUGCUCAAAUACAUUUAGCAUGCUAUAAUGUAGCAUAAAUCAAAAGUAUUAUUUUGCUAUUAUUUUCUGUGCAAUUUAAUACCCUACACCUGCUCCCUACUAGGUGUAGAAUCUAUGCCCAGGCGUAGUUCAUAGAAGGCCUUAUGCCCAGGUGGUCCAACAGGUAUAAUUUUUAGGUCCUGCGUAGAGCACAUUAGAGUUACGACCCACUUACGACCAACUGGUGCAACCGGCCCCAGUAGCCUUUUGGGCAACAAUAUGGUGGAGGAAUCUUAAGAACGUUCAUAACAAUGGCAUGACGUGACUGAGUGAUGGAGGCGCAACCCACGAAUAGUUAGAUCGACAGAGUUUCCGUUUGCUGAAAACUACAGCACAAUCGCUCACUGCUUACUACAUAUCACUAUCUCUGUCUCUACCCUACCCACAACCAACCACAUAUCACUUAUGCAUAGUCAUCACAAAUUACUUUAUGAUAAGGGGAAAUUGAACAUCAACUUGUCAAUGUAAUGUAACGAACUGAAGGAAAACAAAUCUGGGUUUGAUUUAUCAAGUCUUAUAGGACUGUUAAGUAUUCAAUCAUACUGUGUGCAGACUGCUGUCAGUCGCGGUCAUAACAUUGUCAUGAAACCAUACCUUUGAGCAUGCGUCACCCUAGACUGGACAGAUACUGUUAUUGUCCAGCUGCACAGAGUUCAAACCAGUUCAAACCAAGUUUGUACUGUAUCUGUUACGCUGGUGCUGCCAGAUAGCAGACUUUAUUUUAUCUUGCCUCCAGAAAAGCACUUUGCUAAAUUUUCCACCGUAUUACCUUUAUAGUCAUAAUAUCCUAAAUAUACAGUGGGGAGAACUGUAUUUGAUACACUGCUGAUUUUGCAGGGUUUCCUACUUACAAAGCAUGUAGAGGUCUGUAAUUUUGAUCAUAGGUACACUUCAACUGUGAGAGACGGAAUCUAAAACAAAAAUCCAGAAAAUCACAUUGUAUGAUUUUUAAGUAAUUAAUUUGCAUUUUAUUGCAUGACAUAAGUAUUUGAUCACCUACCAACCAGUAAGAAUUCCGGCUCUCACAGACCUGUUAGUUUUUCUUUAAGAAGCCCUCCUGUUCUCCACUCAUUAACUGUAUUAACUGCACCUGUUUGAACUCGUUACCUGUAUAAAAGACACCUGUCCACACACUCAAUCAAACAGACUGCAACCUCUCCACAAUGGCCAAGACCAGAGAGCUGUGUAAGGACAUCAGGGAUAAAAUUGUAGACCUGCACAAGGCUGGGAUGGGCUACAGGACAAUAGGCAAGCAGCUUGGUGUGAAGGCAACAACUGUUGGCGCAAUCAUUAGAAAAUGGAAGAAGUUCAAGAUGACGGUCAAUCACCCUCGGUCUGGGGCUCCAUGCAAGAUCUCACCUCGUGGGGCAUCAAUGAUCAUAAGGAAGGUGAGGGAUCAGCCCAGAACUACACGGCAGGACCUGGUCAAUGACCUGAAGAGAGCUGGGACCACAGUCUCAAAGAAAACCAUUAGUAACACACUACGCCGUCAUGGAUUAAAAUCCUGCAGCGCACGCAAGGUCCCCCUGCUCUAGCCAGCGCAUGUCCAGGCCCGUCUGAAGUUUGCCAAUGACCAUCUGGAUGAUCCAGAGGAGGAAUGGGAGAUGAGGUCAUGUGGUCUGAUGAGACAAAAAUAGAGCUUUUUGGUCUAAACUCCACUCGCCGUGUUUGGAGGAAGAAGAAGGAUGAGUACAACCCCAAGAACACCAUCCCAACCGUGAAGCAUGGAGGUGGAAACAUCAUUCUUUGGAAAUGCUUUUCUGCAAAGGGGACAGGACGACUGCACCGUAUUGAGGGGAGGAUGCAUGGGGCCAUGUAUCGUGAGAUCUUGGCCAACAACCUCCUUCCCUCAGUAAGAGCAUUGAAGAUGGGUCGUGGCUGGGUCUUCCAGCAUGACAACGACCCGAAACACACAGCCAGGGCAACUAAGGAGUGGCUCCGUAAGAAGCAUCUCAAGGUCCUCGAGUGGCCUAGCCAGUCUCCAGACCUGAACCCAAUAGAAAAUCUUCGGAGGGAGCUGAAAGUCCGUAUUGCCCAGCGACAGCCCCGAAACCUGGAGGAUCUGGAGAAGGUCUGUAUGGAGGAGUGGGCCAAAAUCCCUGCUGCAGUGUGUGCAAACCUGGUCAAGACCUACAGGAAACGUAUGAUCUCUGUAAUUGCAAACAAAGGUUUCUGUACCAAAUAUUAAAGUUCUGCUUUUCUGAUGUAUCAAAUACUUAUGUCAUGCAAUAAAAUGCAAGUUAAUUACUUAAAAAUCAUACAAUGUGAUUUUCUGGAUUUUUGUUUUAGAUUCCGUCUCUCACAGUUGAAGUGUACCUAUGAUCAAAAUUACAGACCUCUACAUGCUUUGUAAGUAGGAAAACCUGCAAAAUCGGCAGUGUAUCAAAAACUUGUUCUCCCACUGUGUAUAUAUAUAUAUAUAUAUAUAUUCUGCAAGUAUACCUACAAUUUGUUACUGACGUUCAUGCUUCCUGUCAUUUACAAUCUAGAUAACCGCUGUUCAAACUAUUCCAUUUUCUAAAGUGUUCUGAAUGUGUGUAGCCAAACUCCAGAUCCAGGUGCAAUGGCUUUAUCAUAGCAUUCUUGCUACAUUCCCUUGCUUCCUCAGUACAAAGCUAUACAGGCUUAGCACCAUAUCCCUACAGAUGUCAUGUUCCUGUUAUGCUUGUGGGGUGCAGUGAGGGCACAGUCUUCCCUGUUGAAGCUGCCUCACCCCUUUAUUAUUGCUUUACACCUUCAUGUUUUGCUAUUUGUUUUGCUAGUUCUCACCUCACACCCCCAUUCCAUUCCAGCCCAGUGCGCCCCCAGCCCCCCCGCCUCCCCGACCAACCUGGCCCCUCCCCCGUCCUCCGCCGACUUCUCCGACUCCGUUCACAUCAUGAAGGUGUGAGUCUGUGAAGGUGAGUCCCCGCCCACCAACCACACUUACAUCCCCCCCACCCCCACCCUUCCUCACCCCCGCUCUGGUUUCCUCCUCCUACCUCACACCCCCUCCUUCACCUCUCCUGGUUUGGGCAGGGCUCUUAGUUUUUCCAUCAGGUGAUGUCUUGACCAAUGGCUGCAGGUGGAUAUUUUAUUGCUAUCUGCUUUGCUCAAUUGUUUUAUGAACUGGAAAAUAGUUCAGAAUGCUCUCAAUGAACAGUGCUAACAUGAUAUUUAUGUUUACUAUACCGAAAUAACCGUACAACAAUUGUAUAUUACUACCAGUCCUCAUCCACGUACUGUACGCAUUUCUAUGUACAGAAACGAUGAAUCAAUACAGAUAUGACAGUGAACUAUCCCUUGAAGAUUUGUGGAGGCCUCCCCCUGAAGUCGUGAUUAUCUGUCUCUCAGUUUGUGCUGAUGUAGGACACAGAGAGGAAGUGAGGCUGAAGUGAUGCUGUUAGAGAGAGUGAUGACAGCUGACUCGGAUGUGAAGUUCUGUACCCUGUACUUGUACACAGUGUUAAAUGAGUAGGGCUAAGCUGGGGCCAUUCAGGACGGGGCCUCUGUUUUCUGCCAUGGACCAGUCAAUUUAGAGCUAUACGCAUUGAAUGAAGCCAGGCUGCCACGUACAACACAUACUCAGCAAUAAAAUCCAAUAAUGAUAAACUGCUGUUUCAGAUUUGGAGCUAACAGCCAUCACAUUCAACUAAUUGGAUGAUCAAGCUUCCUGUCAGCACAUUUUUCAUUAGUUUAAGUGGUUGGUUAUGACCAUAAUCCUUACAAAGAACACAGUCCUGUCAUUGCUGGUCAAAAACUCACACCUCACAAACGAUCCUGAUUUAUUUCCCUACAAUGUGUUUGGAAAAAACAACUUGAGAUAUCCGCCAUACUUUUAAACAUUGGUAGGGUCACACAUGGCCCUUCCAAAAGCCAGGAGCACAAACUGAAUGCAGACUUACACAAAUGGCACAACAAUGCAAUACCUUAAAAGAGCUUGAAGUCCUUGGGUAGUAUCUUCAGUUCCAACCUAAUGUCUUCCUGGUUGACUUACGGUGUUCAGGGUCUAUUGUCUGCAUACCCACACCAAACAUUGUUUUAUUCUAAAUGUAUUAUAUAGAGCGGCGGUCAUACUCCCAUGACUUUCUAUGAUCAUUGUUGUUGUUUUGAAGCUGAUGGCAGUUAAAUGUGUGUCUUGUGAAAGCACCAUUGUGGACUUGUUGUACCCAAAUUGCAACCACGCAGAGUAUGUUCAGUGGAAAAUGUUGACAAGUUGACGUUGCACUGCAGCUUUCUCAGCCUUGUUGUGACAACUAUUGAGUCCCCUCAAUAACCACUCUCAAACAUAACAGGGGCACAUCCUGUACUCAGUGACAGGAUCCUCAGCAGUGAUUGGUACAAACUGGCUUGGAGUGGUUUACCAAAAUGAGGCAGCACAGAGAAUUGUCCUGUGGUCAAAUAAGCAUUUAGAGAGUUACACAAACAAAUUGUAGAAAGGGAACUAAUCUGAGUCUGGAUACGUUUCCUUUCUCUGCUUUCAGUUUCCAUUGUGUCUUUGUUUGAGUGUUUUGUAAAAGUGAGUUGUACUGGGGUUAAAGUAUGUUUUCUCUCUCUCUCUUUCAUCUCUCUCUUUCAUCUCUAGCUCAAGCUUUGGCUGCCGUCAAGUUUGAUGGAGCGUCCUUCUGA